GUCCGCCAUUUUGCUGUCGCUUUUCCGAGUCCGCUGCUUCCAUUUGCGAAGCAGCGCUAGUCUAUUACACUUAUUUUGAACAUUCUUUUAAACCUCCUAGAAAUCAUUCUCCUACCUAAACGAUGGCGAAUCCAUCAGGUGAAAUGGAGAUAGCUGAGGGUGCGGAGGUCCGUAAACUGUCGGAGCUUAGAGUCAUCGACCUGAAGGCCGAACUGAAGAAACGAAACCUGGACACUACUGGCGUCAAGAGCGUGCUGUCGGAGCGUCUCAAAAAGGCGAUUGAGGAAGAAGGAGGGAAUCCAGAGGAGAUUGUCCUCAUCCCGGAUUCUAACCCCAAGAAAGCUACACCCAAGCGGUCCACGAAAGAAUCCCGACAAGAUGAUGAAACAGAAGACGGCCCUAUGGAGGAGGAUUGUCGUGAUGAACAGGAUGACUUUCUGGGCGGCCAUGAGAACAUGCAGGACAUGGACAUCCUUGACAUGAACGUUCUGGAUGAGACUGAGAAUGAAGUUGGAAUGUCAGCUGAUGAUCCGGAACAUGAAGAGAAUCCUGACAAAGAUGACAACGCAUUGCUGGGGGAUGAACGCAACUUCACUGAAUUUGAGUCAGGGCAAGAACCUCAAGGGACAGAGAAUCCAAAUGCUGAUGCUGAAGAAGAAAAAACAGAGCCACUAAAAGAAGACCAGCACCAGAGCCCAGAAGAAGAGCAAGCUGCCGGAGGGGAAGACGGCGUGUCCAACGCUGGCGCCAAGGCCAGCAGCACUGCAUCCGAGGAUGGGGAUAACACCAAAGAGGCCGGGGAUGGGAAUACCGUCCCAGAAGAGACACUUGAAACUGAAAACAAAAGCUCAGAGGCUGUUAGUGUAAGCGAACAGGGUGGCUCGGGUGAAUCUGUUGAUUCAGAAAAGGGGUCUAAGAAGGGUGAGGAGGACGAGAAGACAAUGGAUGAGGCUGCCCCGGAUUCAACCUCAGCACUGAAAGAGUCCUCUUCUGUAGAGGGCGAUGAUCAGAACAAGAGCUCUGAAGAAAAGGAAGCCAAGCCGGACUCUAAAGAUGAAAAGACAGCAAACACUAGCCGAAAUCUGUGGGUCAGUGGGCUGUCCUCCACCAGCAGAGCGACUGAUCUAAAGGCGCUAUUCAGCAAACAUGGAAAGGUUGUUGGAGUCAAGGUGGUGACCAACGCUAAGAGCCCCGGGGCUCGGUGCUACGGGUUUGUGACCAUGUCAUCCUCGGAGGAAGCCACCAACUGUAUCAGUCACCUACACAAGACUGAGCUUCAUGGAAAGAUGAUCUUUGUAGAGAGGGCUAAAAACGAGCCGGCAAGCAAAAAGCCAGCUGACUCAAGCAAGUCCGCCAGCGACAGGAGACACUCCACUGACUCCAAAUCUGAAAAGGGUGAUAAGACAGGAGAUGACAAAGAUGAAAAUGAGAGGACAGUAGUUAUGGACUCGUCUAAGGGAGAACCUGUCGUCAGCGUCAAGACCAAAAGCAGAAGCAGGGAGAGGAGCUCUAAGAGUCGGAGUCGUGCUUCUUCCAGCAAAGAGAGAAGAGACAUCUUGACGUUUGCCCAAAUCAAGGCGCAGAGAAAGAGGGAGAAAAUGAGGCAGAGGGAGAGGGAGAUAAGAGAGGUUGAAAGAUUUAGAUUCAAUGAUCGCGGUCGUGAUAAUCCAUCAGAACGUGAGCGAAUCCGCCUCUUCCGAGAGAGGGAGGAGAGGAUGAUAAACAGCCGCCGAUGGCUGGAGGUAGAAAGACAGCGCCUCGAGGCAGACCGAAUGGAGCGCCAGUUCCUGGAGCGUGAAAGGAUGCGAAUCGAGUACGAGCGGCGUCGCGAGCAAGACAGGAUAAUGAAGGAACGCGAGGAACUGAGGAGGCAGCAAGAGCAGCUGCGCUUUGAGCAGGACAGACGCCCCGUAAAGAGGCCAUAUGACAUGGAUGGAAGAAAGGACGAUUGGCCAGACAAGCGCAUGGCUAUGGAUGACCGUUUUGGCCGCUCAGACUUUGGUCGCCAGGACCGCUAUCAGGACUUUGAUCACAGAGAUCGUGGCCGUUUCACUGGCGAUGGCCCGAACUUCUCAGACAGAAAUGGCAGAGGUUCCUGGGGGGGAGGCUAUGAUAAGCGUGUGAACCCUAGGGAGGGCCGUGAAUGGGACUCUGGCAGAAAGAUGGAUGGAGACAGACCAUGGCAAGGUAGAGAGGGGGGCAUUCCAGGACAGAGCCACAUGCCACGUGGAGGAAUGUCAGGCCGUGGAGGUUACAUGAACACAGGAACAUCUCAGUCUCUAUCUGGAGCUUUGAACAGACAGAACCAGAUGAUGCAGGGAGGAGGGAUCCAGGGGGGAGCCUUUGGACGGCGCUACUGAUUUGUGUGAUAACGAUGUACAGUUUAAAAGUUUUUUUCUUUUUUUUUUUUUUUUCGUCAUGGAUAUGACGUUUUCUUUUGUACCUCUGAUUUUUUUUUUUUCUAUUUUUUUUUUCUGACUAGAUUUGACUUUUCUGUUUAUUGUACAAAUUGAUCAUUUUCAGUGUAAGUGAAUCCAACUAGACUGUAAUAACCUCAGAUGUUCAUUAGAAACCUGGGUUCAUGGACCUAACUUCAGCAUCCAAGUCUUUUUGUUCUAUUUAUAGCAGAUGGGCUUUUCUGUGAACUACUAGUUCUUAAAUUUUUUUUAAGCCAUCUGCACAUAUGAAGAAUUUUAAAGAAAAUGUCAAUUCAUUAUCCUGUGCAUGUAUUAUUACUUUUUUUUCUUCACCUUUUUCAAGUGGGGUUUAUACUGAAUUCAAAUGUUCAGUCAGGUAUGUUUUUGAUUUUGUGUAACAAUUUGAGAUUUCCUGUUUCACCAUUCAAGAGUGUCUUUUAAUAUUGGACCAGCUCACAGCAGCGGGUGUCCUGUUAGAUUUACAGGGUGAAAUAAACAUUUUCAUUUUGUGUCUUGAAAGAAAAAUGCA